AUUAAUUGCAAGUACAGUAGAUACGUCUUUAAAGCAGUAUAUUGCUAGCAGUGUCGCAUCCUAGUGAGAAAUAAUCGUGAAUUAGACAUUGACGAUUCGCCAUUAAUUUGAUAAGUCAUUUCUUAUUAGAACAUGGUUUUUCGGCGGUGAAUCCAGUACUAUAUAUGUACAUGUGUUAUAUGGCGUAAAAAGUUCUAAGCAUCAGAUUAAUGAGUACAAAUAAUACGUCACAAAUCACUCGAGAGAUAAUAUCCACAACAGCAGUUCUCAGCAAAAAAUUAAGAAAAAUUGUAACAGUUAUUAUUCACGAUAAAAGUGAUCAUGGACUACACAAAAUUCUUCUCUAAAAUCACUAACAGGCGAAGAAGGAACUUAAUUAGAGAGUUAACCAGUCUCUACUUAACACAACAAAACUCUAUAACUCUGGCUGCCGGUAUGCCAAAUGCCAUUACAUAUCCCAUCAAUAAUAUUUCUGUGACAUAUAAAUAUGAUGUCCCAAUAAAACUUAACAAGAAUGAAAUGUCUGCAGUUUUGGAAUAUGGAUCUUCGCAAGGUUACGGGCCAUUAUUAGAAAAAUGGAAGGAGUUCCAAAAAACAUGGCAUUCACCAAAACGAAAUGAUUGGGAUGUAACGUUUACAUGUGGUUCUAUGGAUGCUUGCGAAAAAGUAUUUCAAAUGCUGAUUGAUGAGAAUGAUCCAGUUAUGCUUCAAAUGCCAACAUAUACAGGGGUAAUCGGAGCGUUAGCACCUCUGUUACCAGAUGUUAUAGAAAUUAAUCAAGAUGCUGAUGGGAUAAUUCCUGAGCAAAUUUCCAAAGAAUGCGAGCAAAGACUUAAGAAUGGUAGACCAAUACCAAAAUUACUUUACAUCAAUCCGACGGGAGCAAAUCCUACAGGUGCCGUCAUAUCAGAGAUUCGAAGAAGAAAAGUGUAUGAAUUGGCGCAGAAAUACAACUUCCUGAUCAUCGAGGACGAUCCUUACUGUUUCAUUCAUUUUCUGGAUAAACAACCCACGUCGUUUUUCUCCCUCGAUUCCGAUGGUCGCGUGAUUAGAAUGGAUUCGUUUAGUAAGAUUAUAAGCGCUGGAUUUCGCAUCGGCGCUGUUACAGCGCACAAAGAUGUUAUAAGUAGAUUGGUUACUCAUAUUACAUCCUCUAUUCUUCAUGCAUCAUCUUUAUCUCAGAUGUUUCUUUAUAAACUUUUUGAGAUUUGGGGACCGCAAGAAUUUGAGCAACAUUUUAAAGAAAUUCAAAAGUUCUAUCAGAAGCGACGUGACAUGAUGCUGACUAUGAUUGAAAAACAUUUAAAUGGUCUGGCAGAAUGGUACAUACCACAAGGUGGAAUGUUUUUUUGGAUUAAAGUAACAGUUGUGAAUGAUAUAAUGGAUUUAGUGAUGAACAAAUGCAUACCGCAAGGUAUCCUCGUUCUUCCUGGCAAUGCCUUCAACUACGAUCCUUCAAAACAAGAUUGUCAUUUGAGACUCAGCUACAGCUAUGCUUCAUUGGAAGAAAUGGACAAAGGAUUAUCCGUAUUAGCCAAAAUAAUACGUGAAGAAACAGCAAAGACAAAGUGACAUUCAAAUACAUACCGAAUAAUUGCAACAUUUAAUGCAGUUAUUCAUACACACACAAUCCUAAAUGAUGAAGAAAAUUA